AUGAAAAAUAGUAUCGAAGAAUACAAAGUUUGUUUGGAAAAUGCUACAAAAAGAAUUACUUAUCUGGAAGAUGAAGAAAUGGAAAAAGAUCGCUUAAUCUUAGCUAUUAGUAAAGAAUUAGUUGAAUUAAAAGAAGUACGAAUUGAUACUUUCCAACAGUUACAUGAAAAAAUCGACAGUUUGGAAUAUUGUUUGAAUAAAAAAGAACAGCAAAUAAUGGAAAAUGAAUCAACCAAUGAUGAAAAUGAGUAUAAAAAAGCUAAAUGGUCAUUACGAGAUUUGGAUGAGAAUAUUUUCGAUGUGGACAAUGGUCAUUUCAAUGAUUCAACAGAAUCGAAUAAAAAUGCUAAUUGGACAUUUGCUGAAUAUAAGCAUUGGUUACAGAAUUUGAAAAAAAAAGUGAAAGAACUUGAAAAUGCUUUACAACGAAUUACAAAUGAGAAAGAUGCAGCAAUAGAAAAACUUCAUGAAUUUGAACUAAAUGAACCUAAUAUGGAUGAAUUAAAGAAAGGAAUAUGGGAAAAAGAACAACAAAUUAUACAAUUGGAAAAAGAUUUCAAUGAGAAACAAAAUGAACUUAAUUUAUUUGGUUUAAAAAUUGAGAAUUUAAUGGAUGAAUUAAAUGAUGCAAAGGAAAAUUCAAAAAAUUAUGAGCAAAAAUGGAUGGAUACAGAAUGGAUUUUAGGUGAACAUCGCCAAUGGCUUACAGAUGCUAAAAAAAAAAUUGAUGAACUUGAAAAUAAAUUACAAAUAAUUGGUGAAGAAAAUAGUAGUUUACGAGAAGAAAUUGAAAAAUUAAAUUAUAAUAUUAGAAUAUCGACGGAAGCUAUUGAAGGUUUGCAAAAGGAAAUUGAUGAUAAAAAUGUGACACUUAAUGAUAUUUCAAAAGAGAAAAUUGAUUUUGAAUGGAAUUUCAAUGAAAAACAACAACAAUUAAAGGAUGCUAAUAAUAGAAUCGAUGAAUUAGAAUCUAUUUUAACUGAAAAGAAUCAUUUGAUCGAUGAAUUGAAGAAAUGCAAUGAGGAACAAAUGAUAGUUUUGCAUGAAAAACUUCAAAAUGCUGAGAAAGCAUUUUCUAAUGCAUCAUGUGAAGAUAAUAAGCUAAAUGAGCUUAGCUCAGUGGUUGAUUGUUUACAAAAUGAAUUAAAUGGCAAAAAUGAAUUUAUCAAAAGUUUAACUAAAGAAUGCAAUGAUAAGGAAUGGAGUUUAGGUGAAUAUCGUCAAUGGCUUCAUGACUCUAAAAAUAGGGUACAAGAUCUCGAGAAAGAAUUAUGUAAAAGUAAUGACUAUGUCGAGAAAUUAAAACAAGAAAUCGAGAAUCGAAAUACUGAUACUAGCAAUUAUCUUGCAACAAUUAAUGGUUUAAAUGAUGAAUUUUGCGCCAAAAAUGUUUGCAUUGCAAAUCUCGAAAAAGCAAAAAAUGAUUUGGAAUUAAGCCUUAGCGAACAUCAACAAUGGCUUCAAAAUGCUAAUGAAAGAAUUGUUCAACUUGAAGAAUGUAAAAUAGCAAACGAUGCGAUGAAUAAAGAAUUGCACAAUGAAAUGGACAAAUUAUCGAAAAUGGUAGUUCUCGAUCUUAAAGCAGCGCUUGAGGCGGUAAAAGAAGAAGCGCAACAGGUAUCAAUUGAAUCAAUUGAUGAAUUAAUGGUUAAACUUCAGAACACUGAACAAGCAUUAGCUGAACAUCCGAAAUUGGAUGAUCUAAUUUAUCUGAAGAAUGAAAAUGAAAAUUUACGAGAACUGCUGAAUGAUAAGAAUGCAUGCAUUGAUAAUCUUGUGCAACAGAACAAUGAUCGAGAAUGGAGUCUCGGUGAGCAUCGACAAUGGCUUCGAGAUUGCAAUGAUAGAGCUAAUUGGUUAGAUGGUAUUGUGCUAGCAAAGAAUGCAGAAAUUGAUGAAUUAAGAUGCGAAAAUAAUCGUCUUAAAAUUGAUUUAACUAAAAUAUCACAAAAUGAUGAUAUUAACAAAUUAAAUGCUACAAUAGAAGAUUUGCACAAUGAAAUUAAUAAUAAGAAUAAUCAUAUCGAUGAAAUUAUAAAACAAAGAAAUGAAACAGAAUGGAAACUUGGAGAGCACUGUCAAAUGCUUGAGGAUGCUAAUAAUAGAGCUAAUGAGUUAGCUGAAAAAUUAGCUGAAAAGGAGAAAAUUUUAAAUUCAUUCCUUGAAAAGCAACCAGAAAUAGUAGAAGAAAAAUGUGAUAAAAUCAAUGCAAUACCAAUUGAAGCAGAAUUAAUAAACACUGAUAAGAACGAAUCGGAAUCAAUGGAAAUUGAUAAAAGCAAGUUAUUUGAAAAAAUAUUUGAAUUAGAGAAGAAAUUGCUCGAAGCAGAGAAAGUAGCAGCAGAAGUAUGUGACAAUAAUCAUUUAAAAAUAACAAUUAGUGAUCAUGAAGCAACAAUAGCUAAAUUAAAAGAAGAUCUGAAUCAAAAAGACGUUGAUCUCGUACGUGUAUGUAAGGAACGAUGUGACGCUGAAUGGUUUCUUGGUGAAGAGCGGCAACGUACAAAGGAUGCUAAUGAACGAAUUGCAUUACUUGAAGCGGAAUUGACGUGCGUGAAAGCAAAACACGAUGAUAUAGUUCACAAUUUGAGUAAUGAAGUAUUCGAAUUAAAUGAAAAAAAUAAGAAAUUGAACGAAACUUUAAUAAAAACUAAAAUUGUAAUAAGAAAUUUAUCGAAAGAUUCACAAACGACAAUGCUUCUUUUGGAACAAACUAAACAAAUGGAAAAUUUAGAGGAAGAAUUUAAGCAGUUAUGUAAAAAAUAUGCACAAUUAAGUGCUCUACUUGUAACCAUUCAAGAAUAUUUGGAAAAAAUUGAACCGGAAGUUUCAGAAGUGGUGAAUUUCCGGAAAAUAAUCGAAAAUUUGAAUAACGAAUUUCAUCAACAAAAAUUGGAAAAUGAAAAUUUAUUGAAACAAAAAAAUGAUAUCGAAUUGCAACUUAGCGAGCAUUGUGAACGGCUUCGCAAUGCUAAUAAUCGGAUAAGCAUUUUAGAGGAUGAAUUAACACAUUUAAAAGAGGUCAAUGGGAGAACAAUUGAAAUUUUACGUAUGGAAAAUGAAGCGCUAAAUCAAAAGAAUAUACAAUUAAAAGAAAAUGUAAAACAUUUACAAGAUGAAAUUCAAAAUGCUCUAAUAAAUGGAAAAAAAGAAAUUGAAUUGCAAAAUUAUUGUGAAUGCAAAGAAAUUCCAACUUUAAAUCGUAUUGAAAGUAUUGGUAUUGAUAUCAGCUCAAUAAAUUGUUCAUUGGAAAAUCUAUGCAAAGAAUUAAAUUAUCAAAAAAUUAUUGACACACUGAUGGAGCAACGUAGUAAAACUGAACAAUUAUUAAAUGAAAGAAAAGAAUCAAUUACGGAUGCAUGCAAUGAAAUUAUCGAAUUAGAAAAACAAAUUUUAGAAAAUACAUUGGAAGAACAAUUGGAAACGAUCGAAAUUGUUAAAGAAUUUGAUAAUGCUGAUAAUGGUGAUAAGAAAGCUGAAAUUGAAAAUUUGAUGAGAUUAAAAUCUGAAUUGGAACAAAACCUGAAAGAAGCCAAUGUCAGAAACGAAGAGAUGUCGGCAUUGCUUGAUAAAAAAGAACAAACAAUUGAUGCAAUCAUUAAUGAAAAGAAAGCAAUUGAAGUAGAACGUAAUUGUUUACAACAACAAGUUGAUAAUCUAAAACAACAAUGCCAUAACCUUUCACCUUUUGCAACCAAUAUUUCUCAUAAGGGUGAAAAUGAGACCGAAUUAAUGAUUCGAUUAUGUGAAAAAGAUGAUCAAUUGCAACAGUUUACCACUGAAAUAGCUGAGAAAGUAGAAGAAAUUACAAAUUUGCAUCAAGUAAUCAAAGAUUUAAGAGAUGUAAUCGGUGAAAAGAAUCGAAUAAUUGAUGAUUUGAAUAGGAUAACAAGUGAGAAAGAAUGGAAUCUCGGAGAAUAUCGACAAUGGCUUACUGAUGCUAAUAAUAAAAUAGAUAUACUUGAAAGAGAAUUAAGCGAUGUUCGACAUGGAGCAAAGUUAAAUAAAAUUGAACUUGACAAGCUGACCAGUGAAAUAGAUGAGAAAAAUGCGAAAAUUUCACAGCUUCAUAAUAAAAUUGCUAAACUGGAAUCAGAUGCUAUUAAUGUUCAGUACGAGAAAGAAUCACUACCAAAUGAGGAUUUCUCAUCAAAAUUAUCAGUAUUGCAUGAGAAACUUUCAAAUAUGGAAGAAUAUGUGCAAUUUCAAGACGAAGAAUUACGACGAUUGAAAGAGGAACACGCACAAACCUUAGCAAAUCAACAAAAUGACGUAUCGCCAACAAGUACUGCCAUUCAAUCUCAUGGAAUUGGUGGUAAUCAGAUAAUGUCGGAGGAAUAUAAUGAAUUAUCAUCGGAGUUAAUUAUUUUAAAUCGUAAAAAAUAUGAAUUAGAAGAAAAGGUGAAACGAUUAGAAAAUGAAUUACAAAGUUCAUAUGAAAAGGUCAAAGGGCAUGAAGAUGAACAACGUCGAAUAGGUGAAGAGAUAUGGCUUGCUAAGGAACGUGUUGCAAAUCAGGAACGUGAAUUGCAAGAUUUACACGGACAGUGCACGUGGUUACGUGAUGAAAAUGCACGAUUGCAAAGUGAAUUAACUGACGCACGUAAAAAGCAUACUGAAAAUGGUGGUAUUGAUUGGUCGAAAUUUGAUGAAAUGAAAAAAAUUGAGGAAACAUUGAGAGAUGAAAAAAGUAAGGUGGAAUGGCGAUUAGGUGAAGUGACACAAUAUUGGAAUGAUGCAAAAUGGAAAAUUGGUGAAUUAGAAGCUGGUAUGGCACAUAAAGAAUGGUUAUUGGAUCAAGCAAAUCAAAAAAUAUUUGAAUUAGAUCAAAUGUAUCGAUUUCGUGAUACCACAAAAAAUUUCUUAGAUGGUACAUUUUUAAUUAAAAAACAACCCAGCGGUGAUCGAUACAAAUGGCGCUUAGCAAUGUGGAAUGAAAGUUCACCAAAUGAUUUGAAAGAUUAUCGUCGAAUAUGGUUUGAAAUUAGAGCACCAACAGCUAAAAUUGUUUUAUUAAGUGCAAGUUUUGUUAGUUGGGAAUGUUUUCUUCUAUGUCAACAAUUGGACAAUGAUUGUAAUCGAUUUGGUGUUUGGAUUGAUAUACCACCUGGACGAUAUGAAUUUUUGUUUAUUGUUGAUGGACAAUGGACAAUAAGUGAUAACUAUGAAAUUUGUUGGAAUGAGCAUGGAACACAUAAUAAUUGGCGAAAUGUUGAUUAA